AUGCUGUUCGAGAACAAGACGGACGCUCCGGCGCCCAUUCCAAUCUUUAGCAACGGUUGUACUAGUACCACAUGUGGCAGUGACUACGGGGGCUUCACUGUCCUGCUCGUCUCGAGUGCAGUGCUGCUCUUCGCCUCUUCAUUCCUCACCCGUUUCCUCACUUCGCUCAACCCUGGCCCAACUCAGUCGACUGGGUAUGGCAAAAUCUCGACGCCGAGCCACCACGGCCUGCACAACGAAUCCCACAAGCGAUCUCGAUCCCGUCAAGGCAGGAGGAGUGGCACAUUUGACAGCGAUGCUGGCUUUGACGACGGCGCCAGCGUCACCACAGCGAGGUCGAAGCGGGCCCGAACCGAUCCUGGCAAUAGGCCAUUGCUUGCCUGUCCUUUUUACAAGCACAAUCCGAUCAAGCACAUGAAGUGCAUGACGCAAAACCAUCUGACAGACCUCAGCUUCGUGGUGCAGCACCUACAACGUUCGCAUCUGGCACAGCCCAAUUACUGCCCGACAUGUGGCGCAACCUAUCCAACCCGCAUCGAUUGCGAUGCCCAUAUCCGGGCUCGGAUCUGUGACAACCGCCCCUUUCGACGCGAGGGGAUCACCGAGGAUCAAUUGGCUCGCAUUCGCCAACGCGGUCCCAGGGUUAAUGCUGUGGAAAAAUGGAACUACUACUACAACAUUAUUUUCCCUGGGAAACUGCUCCCCACGACGCCAUAUGUGAACGACACAUUCACUGAGUGUAUCCUCAUCCACAAGCGGAUCAUUCGGCUGAACCAAGAUCAUUUCCUCGGGUAUCCAGUCCUUGAUCGCCUACUUGCUCCCUCCCCGUCCACAGACCCUUUUUCUCUCCCACCAGACAUUGUCAAUCUUUACUUCGACCCGGCCUCCAUACAAAGAAGUAUUCCCGACCAAGACGACUUAUCGUUUCUUGCAUCUGAUCAUCGGACCAUAUACUGUGGGGAGCAACAAGCCUUUGUCUCCGUGACCGACUUGGCAGCUAGCCAGGCACUUGAACAACAGCUUCAGCUAAUAUUCGCGGACACGGCACUCGGCCCUCCGAUCAACGCCGCCUUCGAAGGUUAUGAAGAAGGGCCGAGCGGUGACACCGAGGCAGAGGGAGAAGGCAAUGUGGAUGAGUCUUUCUAA